AUGUCGGCAGUCACCCAAGCCCAAGAUGCCCCGCCAUGGUGGUCAUCAUUCCCCGAGCCGAAAGCUCCUGUUCACGCCCUCGAGCCAGAAGACGUCGCACAGCUCCUGGAGAGCCAUGCCUCCGCCGGGCCAAAUAGCGCAAAGAGUUUUCUCCUCGUGGAUGUUCGUCGAACGGACUGGGAGGGCGGCACAGUUGCCACAUCUCUCAACCUCCCAGCUCACACUGAGACUGACCCCUCCCAAACAGGAAGUUCGAACGGCCGGGGCCCUAGAUGUGCCGGCUGGAUGCAGGAUUAUCUCAACGAAAUGGGCGAAGCAAGCAUGUCUGCUGCCAUUCUCAAGGGCGGCAUCAAAGGCUGGCAGAAGAAGUAUAGCGGUAAGAUGAUGGACUGGUACGAUGAGAAGUUUUGGACUCAGCAGCAAAGUGCAUAG